CCAACCAGGCUUUCAUUAUUUGUAAUCUAACGGGACUUAUGGAAAAAGUUUCCAUUUAUUUUUAAUUCCUUAUAUUCUACCCUUUUAUUGAAAGGCCAAGAAUACAUCUUACCUUAGGCCGGGCAUAAACUUCGGCACAACGAGUUUACGUCUUUUUAAGUGCGUCAAACCAUACCAAUUCUCUUUUAUAUUCAAUUUAUACAUCCCAAUUCAAUUUAUUUCAUCUUUUCUUUAUAUUAUUCUUCUGCACGAAAAAAUCAUGAAAUUUAAAACGUGUUUAAAUACACUACCUAGGUGUGUUAUAAUCCACAUAAUCUUUUAGCAAACAUCAAAUAAUCUGAAUAAACUUUAAAACACGUCGCUCAAAAUGUAAUACGUAUAGUCUUAGCGCAUAAUUGUUGUUUAGGUGGCCCAUAAACAAUUUGCUGUAUAAUUGAAGAAACAUAAAUUGUGUGUAGUAGGAAGCAAUUGGAUAAUAAGAAGCCCCUUUAGUAGAACGCUCCACGACUUUAACAAUUUAACAAAUGCGACAAGAACAUUCCUUUCAUAGAAGUGAACUUGUGAUUUUAAUAUACAUAAUAUGAUUUGACAUCAAUAGUAAGGUUAGUUUUAAUUCGCAUUUACCCCAAUGUCUAGUGAUUUUACAGGUUAAGAAAAAGUGUUAAAAAUGCCUUAAUAUUCGAUUCAAUUUAAUUAUGGAGGAAAACCAUACAAAAAUUAUCAAAUCGGAAAACGAUGUUAUGCUACCAGGAAUAAAUAAACAAAAAAUAACCAGGGACCAGUUAGUCGUCACUAAAGAAACCACUUGUGGUAUAUGGUUCAUCAAAGGGCCCAACAUACAAAAAUUUGCCAAUAAAAAAGCAUAUGUUUUUCUCUACGGUUUUAUAGGUUGCAUUUUUUCCGCUGCGUACGCCUAUUUCAAUGGAACAAUUACAACGCUCGAGAAACGAUUUAAGAUACCCAGCAGAACCACAGGCAUAAUAACCGUUGGAAAUGACUUGAGUCAGCUGCUUCUCUCGGUAAUCCUGAGCUACUACACAGGAAGGGGUCACAGGCCAAGAUGGAUGGCGCUCGGAAUGUACACGGUCGUAUUGUUUUGUCUAUUGACAGCCUUGCCGCAUUUUUUGUACGGCCCUGGAAGCGAUGCCUUGUCGCUGACGGUGGAGUAUAAAACGAGCGAGAACGCGUCUCUGGAUGCCUUGCAACGUCAAAUGAAAAAGUCCCUGUGCCACGCUAAAAACUCGACGGACUCGGAAUGUACAGCCGAGAGCGGUACUUAUUCUCCACAAUUAAUUUUAUUUGCCGCACAGUUUAUAUCUGGGAUUGGUGGUCCACUUUACUACACCCUCGGCGUAUCUUAUAUGGAUGAUAAUAUUAAGAGGUCGAAAACUCCAGCAUUGUUCAGUAAGUCCCCGUUUAAUUUUAUUGAACGAAAACAAACUUGCACAAUCGUUUUAGGUUUUUCGUAUUUCAUCCGGAUGCUGGGUCCCGCUAUCGGCUAUGGCUUGGCCUCCAUAUGCCUCAAAUUAUACAUAUCACCUACACUAACACCCACCAUUGAUAAUAAGGACCCUAGGUGGCUUGGAGCCUGGUGGUUGGGAUGGAUUAUCCUUGGAGGAUUGCUGUUUAUUUUCUCCACGUUGCUCGCCUUUUUCCCCAAAACUUUACCCAGGGCAGCCGUUAGAAAGGAGUUACUAAAAAAACAGAUAUCCAAACUGUCGCAAAAAAAUGAGCCUGAACCCGAAAUUAGGGCUUCGUUUAAAGAUAUGGUGAAAACAUUUCGCCGGCUGAUAUCCAAUCCGAUUUUGAUGCUCAACAACUUUGCCGCGGUGUUUUACUUUCUCGGAUACAUGCCAUACUGGAUAUUUCUGCCAAAAUACAUCGAAACUCAGUAUCGACAGUCUGCUUCGGCGUCCAGCCUUAUUACUGGUAGUGCUGGAUUGGUAUUUUCAGCUGUAGGUAUCCUGUUGUCAGGCUUAAUAAUAUCCCGAUACAAACCUAGAGCUAGAUACUUAGCGGCUUGGAACGUUUUAGUGGGAGCCAUUUCUGUAAUGGGCAUAAUUUCUUAUGCCUAUCUAGGAUGUGCCGAGAAUGAUAAUAGAGAGCCACUUUUGCCCAAUGGAGAAUUGAAUCCAGUAAUGGAAUGUAAUUCGAGAUGCAAUUGCGAUUACGUGAAAUACAAUCCAGUUUGUUCGCAAGAUGGCCGAACGAGCUUUAUAUCGGCCUGUCAUGCCGGCUGCAAACGUGUCACUAAAUCGAAUGGCACUGAUAUAUUUUCGGAUUGUUCCUGUAUUCAGCAGCAAAUAAUAACAAAAAUGAAGAAGACUUUUACAAAAGAACAUCUUUAUCUCGAGAAUGAAGGCUACGCUCACUCGGGAAGUUGUCAAGUAGAUUGUCUCUAUCAGUUUUAUAUAUUUUUAGUUGUUGUCUGUCUGCUGAAAUUCAGCGGAGCCACAGGAAGAGCGUCAAACUUUCUAGUUACAGUAAGGUGUGUCGAGGAAAAGGACAAACCAGUCGCCAUGGGCUUUGGCCUUAUGCUAAUGAGUCUUUGUGCUUUCGUUCCUUCGCCAAUAUUAUUCGGAACAAUUUUAGAUAAAUCUUGUUUGGUCUGGGGCAAAACUUGUUCAGGGAACGGUAAUUGCUGGUUGUACAACGGUAAGACCCUGAGGUACACCAUGAACUUCACGGCGGCCAUUUUCGUUCUGAUCGGAACAAUAUUCGAUGCUGGAGUGUGGUACUUCGUUAAAGGUUUAAAAAUCUUUGACGAAAGUGUGGAAUUGGAAUUGGAAGAUUUCACAAAUUAAAUUAUUAGUCUUAAUGGUUUAUUAUUUAUGUAAUAAGGAAGAAUAAAACGAAUAAUAUUUAUUUUGUACAAAAAUUUAUUGGAGAUGAGAGAGCGUUAUAAAUCGGUUUCACAUAUUACUGAAUCGUGAUCAUCGCCGACAUUGUUAGCUAAUUCUCCUAAGGAAUCAUUGGUUCUAUUUGAAUACUGCUGACUACUUCUUUGAAUAAAUUGGUCAACUUCGGCUGCUGAGUCUUCAUUUACUUCACCUUUAACAUUUGUUUUUUUAUACAAUUCUAAAUCCUUAAUCAGUAAUACAAGUAUAGCUGUGAGAAUAAUAGAAAUAAUUACUCCAACCACUGUGGAAGAAGCCAAAAAGUUUGCUAAAUAAGUAGAAUAAUAGCGGCAUUCACCCGUUUCUUCAUUACGAAAUUUACAAAACAAAUCAAGGAUAUUUAUGUAAAUAAUCCUUACAGGUAAAUACGGUAUAAUUCCUAGUAAAGCGGACUGAAAACCUAUAGCUGUGGCUUUAUCCUUUGCAGGUACACAUCUUAAAAUAAUUAUUAAGUUUGUCACCAUAAUAGUAGCUAGUAAUCCCGUCGUUAUAAUACCAUUAACUUGCGAUACAGCAAACAAAACAUUACAAUUGUCCCUAAUGCAAGGACCUUCGGUAGCCUUUACACCGUUGCCACAUCUACAAUCAGUAUAUUCCACUGCAUUACCGCUUGUGUUGGAUUUUGUCGUGCAUCCUGCCAAGCAUGGAGAAAAAAAUGUCUUAUCUCCCAGACAUACAGGAUUAAACAACUCCGCGUUAGAGCAAUGGCAUCUUGCACUGCAGUAUGGAAUGCUGAUGACGCCAUCUAGCUCGCUGUAUAAACUCCUAUUGCAAGAUAUGAAUUUCGUGCUUGCAAAUGAUAAAAUAAAAACAACCAUAAUCACAAUAUUCCAUAUGGUUAGAGUUUUGGCUCUGGGUUUGGAUUUGGUAAUAAUUAAUCCAGAAGUUAUUAAACAGCAGCAAAUGAAAGGUUCUUUGAGUAAGUUUGUCGUGUACUGCAUUAUUAAGGGAUCACUAUAACCGGAUGUGUCCUGUUUGUUUGGUAGCAGGAAUUUUGAUUGGUUGUAAAAGUCCUCGAAAGUCUCAAAGUUUAUUAAAACUGACUGCAGAACUAUAUUCGCCAGAAUAUUUACAAUGUAAGUUCCAUUUUUUAACAAUCUAAACAAUGUUGUGAAUAGGCCU